UAAUAUCUCACAUAAAAGUGCUGGUGAAAAAAUAAUCUUUCAAAGAUCCCAGAAAAGACCUAGCCGACGCACUCAUCAAAACUUCUCGUAUUCUCAACGUCCAAUCACUGGUAUAGCGAAUUCCAGGAGCUACUUCUCUCAUUUUUCUACUGAAAUCUUCACUGAAACCGUUAGAUUUUUCAAUCUCAAACAGCUGAAGUUCUCAAUCUUUUGUGGAGAGGUACCCGUUGAAAUUUCAUUGUUGAUAUAUGUAAUGAGCUUGAACUGCAUACAUUGUGUAUUUUGUCAUGUUCUACUUUCAGCAACUCAGAGCACUUUCCAUGGUUUCUUCUUCGAUUAUUGCUGAUAACAAGUUCAAAUUAGUUCGAGUCUUGUACUGGCGAAUUGGGUUUUCCCCUGUUGCCUCAAAUCCUAGAUUUUAUCGAACUAAAAAGGCUCCCCAAUCGGAAGAAUGUGAAAAUUCUGGGGGGAAUUCGACUAAGGUUAAUAGAAACGGUCGUCGGAUUUCUCGGGCCACUAUGAAGGAGGCUCAGGCUGCGUUAUUGGAGUAUUUGAAUUCUACUAGAGGAAUUCAAUUAAUGGUUGCUGAGAAUAUGAGUAGAAAUUCGCCAACCUUUCUUGAAAAACUUCUGGAAAGAGUUGAACACGAGGGCGAUAUUGGGCGGUCAGUUUUGCGAUUUUUGCGCUACCAUCCGAUUAAUGAAUUCGAGCCUUUCUUCGAGAGUCUGGGCUUGCAACCUGCAGAGUAUAAUGCGUUUCUUCCACGCAAUUUGAUGUUCUUGAAUGAUGAUGAUUUAUUGCUUCAGAACUAUCUUGUGUUGUGUAGCUAUGGAAUUGAACAAAAUAAGAUAGGAAAGAUAUACAAGGAGGCAACUCAGAUAUUUCAGUGUGAUUAUGGUGUUUUGCUGUCGAAAUUAAAAGCAUAUGAAAAACUUGGUCUCAGCCGAGCUACCGUAGCUAAAUUUGUUGUUUGUAGCCCCUAUCUAUUAAUUGGUGGUGUUAAUGAUGGGUUUGCUCAGGUAUUGGACAAAUUGAAGAACAUUGGAUUUGAAUCAAGCUGGGUUGAAGAACAACUGACUGAUGAUAGUUCCUAUAACUGGAAGAAAAUUCUUGGGUUGCUUUUCUGGUUUAAACAGAUGGGUUACUGUAAUGAGAAGUUGGCUGAUUUAAUCAGGCAACAUCCAGAUUUUUUAUUUGAGGAUUCAGGAAGUAAAUCACUUUCCUUAAUUGGGUUAUUACUGAAAAUGGGAUCCUCAAUGAACCAGAUAUGUUCCGUGUUCCUGCAAUUCCCUCAAAUCCGAGUUAGUAAGUUUGUAUCAAAUAUGAGGCAAUGCCUUUUGUUCUUCAGUGAAAUAGACAUGGGUGUGCAAGAGAUAGGAUACCUUUUCAGAUCACAUCCCUUGUUAUUGGGAUUGUGUACCCUGAAAAAGACUAGCAGCUUGCUCGCUAACUUGAACGUCGGGAAGAAACGGCUAUGUCAAUUUAUCUUAGAGAAACCAGAAGAAUUGAAGAACUGGAAGCUCGGGACAAGAGUUCCACCACUACCAGACUCUGAAAAUCGAUCAAAGCAACAGAAAACUCAGUUCUUGUUGAAAUUAGGUCUAGAAGAAAACUCGAGGGAGAUGAAAGAAGCAUUCAAGGUGUUUCGAGGUAAGGGAGCAGAGCUUCAAGAGCGGUUUGAUUGUAUUGUUGAAGCUGGCAUUGAUGAGAAGGAUGUUUACAAAAUGAUUGAAGUUUCUCCACAAAUCCUUAACCAAACAAAAUAUAUAAUAGAAGAAAAGAUAGAUUUUCUUUUGAAUAAUUUGGGGUACCCUGCUUCAUCAUUAGUAAGUUUCCCUUCCUAUCUUAGCUAUACAACUCAGAGGGUCACUCUUAGGUUCUUAAUGUAUAGUUGGCUCAAGGAACAAGGAACAGCCGACCCGAUGUUGGCAUUGAGCACUAUUGUUGCGUGUUCGGAAAAAAAAUUUCUAAGACAGUAUGUCAAUCAUCAUCCCAGAGGCAUGGAAGUUUGGCAGAAGUUGAAGAGAGAAAUAUAUUCAGAUUCUAUGCCAACAUAUUCUCUAGCUCAUUAGACCGAUCUUAUUUUAACAUAUUCUUUGCACCAAUCGAUAACCAAUUGCUUCAUAGCUGUUAUACUACAAGUUUUCAAUAAUUAAUGGAAUUGAAGGCUAAUCUGCUGUAAAGUUUGUGGAGAAGUGUGAUAUUCUAUUGAACCAGAGCAAGUUUUCCUUGUCCAGUGAAAUAACAGUUGAAAUUCGAAAUACUGUAUCAUUUUCACAACGUUUUGGUGGUCCUCUUGGGGCAGUGUAACACAGCAUUAUUUUGCUCAUUACUCACUAUUCAAGCUUCUUUUAACAUAGUAAUUACAAAUCAUGGAAAUUUGAGACAUUCUUUUCUUUACUCACUAAAUGCCCUAGAGGUAUAUCUUAUGUGCUUUUGCGGCAAAGCGUUAUACCUCUCAUUCUAUCAAUGACCAAGUAUUUAUGGCACUUUAGCUUAUGACCAAGUAUAUCUUAUGAUUGCAUUUUUAGUAUUUAUGGCACUUUUUCUGUGGA